AUGGACGACUGGGUGGAUCCGAAUGCGUUCCGGAAGCUGUGGAACAAGCUGAUCAAGAGUGGGUGGAAGGCUAGGCAACCUACGGGUCUCGAGGUGGACUACACGUACGUCAAGCCUGGUGUGGUCGGUAAACUGCGCAAAAAUCAACUCAAUGCAGAGUAUUUCAUCGGUCCCAAGGAGCUGUGGGAGUACGCUAAACGGGAGGGAUUAGUUACCGACGUUCUCCAAUAUGACGCGGCCCCGCCUUCAAAGAAGCCACCUAUGGGAAAGCUUGCUGCAUACGCAGCCGCAAAGCAACGUGCCAACACCCUUCAAUCGAAGCCUGGCGUAGUGGGGACUGCUAAUGCAAAGGCUACUCCACAUGAAGGUGCUUCGGUGACCAGUACAACGCCGGUUGCUACAGAACAAGCGGCUACGGCGACCAGUACUACGGCGACUGCUACAGAACAAGAGGCUACGGCGACCAGUACUACAGCGGCUGCUACAGAACAAGAAGGUGUGAUGGGUGGUCGUUCAUCCGCAGCUACAAGUCGCGAACAGGGCGUGCUCAACAAAGAAUCCAAGUCCGAAGACACAGCCAAUGAUUUGGACAGCUUCAACCGUGAUGACGUUUUGGACGCAAUGCGCGUGGAAAACCUCUUUGGUCCCAUUGCAGCAGAUGAUAUCAAUGUCGCGGGUGAGUCUUUUGCCUAUGGAGCUGAGUCUGAGGACGACGAUGAAGCGUUUGACGAGACUGGAAGCGACGAAGAAGAGUUUGCCGAUGAAGUGGAGUCCGACCGACAGUUUGAAGACGAAAGUGAUCUUUUUCAACAAGAUGAUCCGGCGAUGCGAGAGCUAGGUAACUCAGGGUGGGAGAUAUACGAUCACGAUCACUGCGCUGAUCGAAGCCUGAGCGGAGCUGAUCUCUACACGGGCAGAUGGGGAAUCACGAAGUCUGCUGCGGCGUUUGCAGACUCCCCGCUCAGUAUGCUGUUUUAUUUCUUGCCCAAAGCUCUGUGGAAGAAUAUCACGGCAGAGUCAGAAGCGUACCAGAAGCGGUGUAUUCCAGCAAUCGCGGAGAAGACACGUGAACGCCAACUCGCUGUGCAAGCCAGGGACCCCAAAAAAACUGUGGAUGACUUGGACGCCAUUGUGGACAAGCUCGAAAGGCAGAAAUCCAUCCGAGAACACGAGAUACUACAUGUGCUGGGCUUGCUUGUGGCGCGCACUCUAUGCGGACACACCGAUGGUUUGGCAAAGCACUGGGCCGUUAGCGAGGACGGUGCUGUCCCGCGCGGCACGUUCGGAAGAUACAUGAAACGUGAAAGAUUCAGGACGAUAACGCGGUUCCUGCACUUCACGAGCACCGGCAGCGAAGGACGAACCACCGACAAGGCGUUCAAGAUUCGUCCAGUGUUACAAGUCAUCGAAAAGACCUUCCGUCGGGGGUUCCGGCUUGGCCCUCGCGUGAGCUUCGAUGAGGGAACUAUCCCAAAUCGAAGCCAGUACAACCCCAUACGGGUGUACAACAAGGAGAAACCGCACAAGUAUGGAACCAAGUGUUACAUGACCUGCUGUGCUGUCACGGGAUACUGUGCAAGAGUUGAAGUAUAUCUUGGAGCCGAGCCUGACAAGAAGAAACGUGAAGGAGCUUCCCAAAGGGCAGUCAUCAGGAACAUCUCCAAGACUUUCGAAGGUUUGCCAAAGCGGAGGCUGAUCGUCGCAGAUAAUUUCUACAGCUCACCUGCUUUGGCGCUUGCACUGCUACCCAUGGGAUUUUACUACGUGGGAACUCAGCGCGUGGAUCGACUGGGCUGGCCAAAGGAAGUGAUGUUCAAGCAGAAGCGCCGGCCACAGUACAUGCCACGCGGAACCUAUCGAAUUGCCCACGCUAAGGAGUAUCCAGCGCUAGUCGCUACGGCGUGGAUGGACUCAGCUCCCGUUCACAUGAUAGCAACGGGAUGUUCUACGGUGCUGACGCAUGUGGCCAGGAAGGACAAACGUACGGGGGCUAUCACGCAGGUGCCGUGCCCUCAGUUGGUUGCAGACUAUCAUUCGGGUAUGGGGGGCGUGGACACCCACGAUCAAAUUCGGCUCCAGCGUUACUCCAUCCAGCGCUAUGUGGGGUUCAAAAAAUAUUACCGUCAGCUCUUUCUGGCGUUCGUUGACAUGGCAAUCAUCAACGGGUUCAUCCUGCACCGGAUCGUCAUGAAGCAGAAAGGGGAAAGGGUCCCUAGCCAUGCAGAGUACAUGCGCCGACUUCAAGUGAAGCUACUGGCAGUUACCUCUGUGAGCUUUCGGACGAAUCGCUAUUGCGAAGACCUGGUGAACACCCCGCUACAAUCGCAAGAGCACGUGCUGCGCAGCACGAAAGAGCUGUAUGAGGCCAAAUCGGGAAGGCGCAAAGGAGACAAGAAACGUCGUCAGUUCUUGUGCAAAGUGUGCUCUGCCUUGAGCCCACCCAAGGUGAAGAGCUUCGAAAGCCGUUUUUACUGUCAUGAGUGCAGUAUUACCAUGGGAGGAUACGUGCCGCUGUGUAAUACCGUCAGACGCACGGAGGCAGGAAACACGUUGACGUGCAGCCAAAUCUGGCACGGCUGGAGGGCUGGAGGGGGGGGGCAUUCCAUCUCACCUACGAAAGAAAAUUCGAUUCAGAAAGCGCAAACGCGGGGAGGACUACAACAGCAACACGGACGACGGGGAUACUGA